UCCAUUUGUCAUCCCUAUUUUGCCUGCGUGGAAAACAGCUUUCUAGCUUAAUAUUUUAUAAAUUUAAUAUUUUUUAAAUUUAACUCUAAUAGAUCACCAACAAAAAUGGCAGCAGCAGUACCCAUGCGAACCAACUGGAACCCGAACAUAAAGCACAACGAAAUGGAGCGGUGGAUCUGCAUAUACCCUGCCUACAUAAACAGCAAAAGGACUCGUCAGGAAGGCCGCCGCCUUCCCAAGGAGAACUGCGUGGACAAUCCUACAUACAUAGAGAUCCGGGAUGUGCUGUCAGUGUCUAACCUGCAGUUCCUGAUGGAGAACAUGAAGUACUGUCGCGAGAAGAGCAGCGAACUCCAGUUCCGUGGCCGUGUGCGCGUACAGCUACGAAACGCCGACGGCACCUUAUUUAACAAUGACUUCCCCUCAAGGGAGUCCAUAAUGCUGCACAUCGCCAGUAAGAUCCCGCAACUGAAAACGCGACAGAACAAAUCCGGUGACUCGUACCACCAGCAGUCGCAGCCGCAACAGAGUGCGUCCGGAUCCGGCGGUGGCGGUGGCAAGAAGGGAAAAGGCAAGCGCCGCUGAUAAUUCCAGUUGCUUCUCGUUAUUUGGUUUCUUUGAUAAUAAAUGCUGUAAACAAA